AUGUUUGCCAUUACAUUCCUUCUCUUGCUUGUGCAAGGCCUCACCCAGUACCCGCAGCAGGCUGGGGAUGGGCUGGAUGAGGCCACCCUGGAGCGCAUGCAGCAGCGUGCUGAUUAUCUGGAGCAGCAGAUGACUCAGCUGAUUCAGGAGCUGGAGCAGAUGAAGCCGGAGCAGAGUGGUGGGGCCUGGGGAGCCCUGCCUGGGUGGCAGUUCUGGGCUCUGAGCGGAAUCCUCAUGCUUCUCUUGGUGCUGUGGUUUGGACAUGGGAAAAGUCGAUGUGCUCCAGACAACCGUGGCCACAAGGAGAGGUCCAGCAGCAACUUGGUGGAGGAGGAAGAAAGAUGGAACAUUGUUGGAAAUGUGGAAGAGGGCAAUGUCGAUGACAAUGAGGAGAUGGCAAACGGAGAAGAAGACGAUGGUAUCAAUGUGCAAAGGAAGCUUGGAAGCCUUUUAGAGGAGCGCAUACAGGAGUUGCCUGUUCUGGAUCUGGACAAAGGAUUCUCCAUGAUCGCGGACCUGGUGGACAAACUCAUCCACGUCUUUGGAGAAGGCUUGUCCAACAGUUUCUACCCGGUGCCACAACCAGCCAUGGGAGUGGGCAGUGCCUUUGAAGGCUGCACUCCCCAUGCACAAGAUGUUGUGUACCGUUUGCUUGUUCCCCUGAGUGCCCCUCCAGGACAUGCCUUCCACCUGGAGCUGGACACUGCAGCAGCGGUCCAGAGGAAGUUCUGUGUCCGUGUGGAGCGGGUGUGCACCUGCAGGAGGGAGAGGCUGGAGGAGGACAUGCUGUGUUUCCUCCACCACCCCGAGGAGGAGCUGAGAAGGAAACAGGACCCCAGCCUCCUGCACACCCUGUGCACCGGCUGCUAUCUAGAUGUGGAGAAAACUGUCCACUGGUUCUAUGGAUUUGUGAGAGUCGCCUGGCUGCUGUUGCCUGAAUCGUGCCACGGGCGUUUAAGGUUGCAGCCCUCCAGCCGCUCCUGCAAAUUUCAGCUGAGCAAAGACAAGGAAAGCUUCACGGUUGAGAUGUUCUUUGCCGUGCGGCAAGGAGACUCAGAUGUCUUUGUGAGCAGCCAGCCUACAGAAGUAGGCAUCCCAAGCACAACGUGGCUGGAGACUUACGCCGUGGCAGAGGCAAAAUUCUUCAGGCACAUUUCCAGACAGGUCUCCUAG